AACUCAGCACUGUCUAAUUACCUAUACAAUAAACUUUGCCUGCUAAUAAGCACAUUAGUAUAGCUGCGCGAGGCAGGGACAGAUAAGCUAGAAGAAUCGAAAUUCAAAAUUGAACUGAGAAAUCUCUGUCCGAAGCUACACUGAAUGCAAUUUUGUUACAGUAGUACACCAUAGUUCUUAAGGUGAUUUAAGUUGGAUCAAGUUCGACAUCAACCAUUGGUGAAAAAGAUUGGCGAACAUUUUGUUCGACAUUCAUCCAUGUCUCCAUUCUUGUUUGAUUUUUUUUGUUUUGUCUACGAGUUAAAGAUACCACACGGAUGAAUUUGCAUGGCUUUUUACACCAGCAAACUCUUUCAGUCACUCACCCCAACUCUGGCAUUGAGUUCAUCAUUUGAGAGCUCUUCCAAAUUCAACAACUACAGGAAAAGAAGAAUAAGUUCUGUUUUAAAAUUUUCUGCUACUAUUGAACCACAAAUAAGCUGGGAUUGCAAUCAAUCCAACGACAAAGACAACUGCGCCUCUCUCUUGGAGAAAUGUACCAAGAUUAAAUCACUGUUACAGGGUAGAAAACUUCAUGCCCACCUGCUUGUCAAAGGGCUAUUCCGCGAUGUUCUUUUGGAAACUAAACUUGCGGCAAUGUAUGCCAUGUGUGGCAGCAUGGAUGAUGCACGCCAAUUGUUUGACAAAAUGUCCGAAAGAAGUGGCUUCUUAUGGAACAUGAUGAUCAGAGGCUAUGCCUGCAAUGGUCCCUGUGAAGAAGCCAUUAAUCUCUACAAUCAAAUGCAAGAGGCAAGCAUACAGCCUGAUAAAUUCACCUAUCCCUUUGCAGCCAAAGCAUGUGGUGUUUUGUCUGAUCUAGAAAAGGGAAAGGAGAUACAUUAUCAUAUUGUCAGAGCUGGCCUUGAAUCUGAUGUUAUUGUGGCAAAUUCUCUCUUGGCAAUGUAUGCUAAGUGUGGUUGUAUGGGAUAUGCAUGUCUUUUGUUUGACAAGAUGCCUGAGAAGACAGUAGUGUCCUGGAAUACAAUGAUUGCAGGAUAUGCCCAUAAUGGGUAUGCAAAUGAAGCUUUGGCAAUUUUUCAUCAAAUGAAAUCAAAGGAAGUUAAACCAGACAAGGCUACAAUUGUAAGUUUGUUGCCUUCAUGUGCUGCGUGUGGAGCUUUACAAGAGGGGAAAGAUAUUCAUGGUUAUAUAAUCAGGCAUAGGCUUGAGUCAGAUGUUGAGGUUAAAAAUUCUCUUAUAACUAUGUAUGGGAAGUGUGGGAGUCUGGAUGCUGCAGACAAAGUUUUUGUGAACAUGUCUAGUAGAGAUGCAGUCUCAUGGACUGCAAUGAUUGGUGGAUACUCUCAGAAUGACCAUGCCAAUAAGGCGUUGGAACUUUAUCGUCAGAUGCAAUUAGCAGGUAUUAGAACCCAUUUGCCUGCCAUAGUCAGUGUGCUUCCUGCAUGUGCCCAUUUAGCAUUAUUGCAGCAAGGAAAAUCCAUUCAUGCUUAUUUAAUUAAGAGUAGUUUAGAGUUAGAUGUUGUUGUUGGGACUGCACUAGUAGAUAUGUAUAUAAAAUGUGGGGACAUGGAACUUGCACAUCAGAUGUUUGAAAGCAUGCCAACAAGAAAUGUGGUAUCAUGGAAUGCAAUGAUUGCUGGAUAUACCCAUAAUGGUCAUGCUAAUGAGGCCUUGAUAAUCUUUCAUCAACUGCAACUGGUAGGCAUAGUACCUGACUGGGCAACUAUGGUAAGUGUCCUACCAGCAUGUGCUCAUUUGGCAGCUCUGCAACGAGCUAAAUGCAUUCAUGGGUACAUAUUUAGAAAUGGGUUUGAGUUAAAUGUGUGUGUGGGUACUGCACUCAUAGACAUGUAUGCCAAAUGUGGGAGUAUAUCAAUUGCACGAUGCAUUUUUGACAAAUUACCUGAAAGAGAUGUUGUGUCAUGGAGUGCAAUGAUUGCUGGGUAUGGCAUGCAUGGGCAUGGUAUAGAUGCCCUGGCACUUUUUUCCGAAAUGCAGAAGACAGGCUUGAGGCCAAACUGCAUUACCUUUACCAGUGUUUUAUAUGCAUGCAGUCAUUCAGGUUUGGUAGAUGAGGGUUGCAAAUAUUUCAAUAGCAUGAGCCAGGAUUACUUCAUCACACCUGGUUUGGAUCAUUAUGCGUGCAUGGUUGACCUUCUUGGACGUGCUGGAAAACUUGAGCAAGCACAUGACUUAAUAAAAAAUAUGCCACUAGAACCUAAUUCCGAUGUGUGGGGGGCCUUACUUAGUGCCUGCAGAAUUCACGGAAAUAUUCAGCUAGGAGAGCGUGUGGCAAAUCACCUGUUUGACAUGGAGCCUGAGAAUACUGGAAACUAUGUGCUUUUAUCAAAUAUCUAUGCUACUGCUGGAAAGUGGGAUGGUGUAGCAGAGGUGAGAGCAAAGGUCCAAGAAAGGGGAUUAAGAAAGACUCUGGGCUGUAGCUUGAUUGAAGUGGGUAGCAGGAUACAUGCAUUUUCUGUUGCAGAUAAUUCACAUCCUCAGUCUGAUAAAAUUUAUGCAAUGCUAGAGACUUUGGCUGGGCAGAUGAAAGAAGCAGGGUUUAUAUUUAGUAAAAACUUUGUCCUACAUGAUGUGGAGGAUGAGAUGAAGGAACAAAUGCUCUGCAGUCAUAGUGAAAAAUUGGCCAUUGCAUUUGGACUCAUCAACACAAGACCCGGAAAACCUAUUGUAAUCACGAAGAACCUUCGUGUGUGUGGUGAUUGUCACAGGGCUACCAAAUUUAUUUCCAAAAUUGUGGCAACAGAAAUUAUUGUGAGAGAUACAAGCCGUUUCCAUCAUUUCAAAAAUGGAUUGUGUUCUUGCCGAGAUUACUGGUGACACAAUUGAUAAACAACCAACAACCAUAAAUUGAACUACAAAUUGAAAAUGUUAAUCUUAAAUUGAUAACUAAGAACUUUGUGCUGUUGUCCAUUUCUAAUUUGCUUGUUUACCAGUGAUCUUACAACCAUAUAUCAUUACAAGCAAGAUACAAUGUACGUCAGUCUGCCUUCUCAAACAACUAAAGAAUAUGAAAUAGAAGCGCAAAUUGGAGUUGUGAAUGCAUUGUUGAGCUGUUGUGUUCUUGUGGGAAAUCUAAUAGGCUGCAUAAGAGCAUGAGAUAGAAGUGCAAGAUAAAGUAGUUAAUGCAUUGUUGAGAAAGCAUCCUCGUAUCAAAUCUAAUAGACUAUAAGCAUACUGUCAUCAAAAUCAUAUUGAAUUUAUCAGUUGCAUUUUAGCUUUUGGAUGGUUCCAUUUUGUUAUUUUCCAGGAUUUGGUUUAUGGGAUUAUUUUGUUGUUUUCUGUUGAUCAGCUACAAUUUGAACCCAGGCCCUCUUAUAUGCUUGCUGGAGUGCUCUAUCACAGAGCUACCUAUCAUCUUUGUGAAAUGAUUUUUUUAUUUCUCUGUGGCUGAUCUGUACCAACACACUUUUUUGAACCACACUUUGAUGCUUGGGGUUUCUAGUUUGGCUCGG